AUGAGGACGUACCAUCCCGUCAGGACUCCCUGGGAGCAGCAGGUAACGCCCAGGUGUACUCAUCAGAUGCUUUCUGUGAUCUUUACCAGCAAAUCUGCACAAGCAAUUUAUUCCUAAACGCGCUUUAGGAACUGCAUCUUGGUCCUCGAACUGCUUUAACUCCCAGAGGAAUAAUUACACUUAACAAGAACUUAUUACCUACUGCAAAAUAUAAUGACUGAAUUCCUGGUUUGUUUUAACUGGUGCAAUGGUGAACAGCCCCAGCCGAAGAGGCGUCGGAGACUGGACCGGAAUAUGAUAGGAGAACCAAUGAACUUUGUACACACUGCACAUGUUGGGGCAAGAGAGAUGAGUAGUGACUAUUCCUCAGCUGUAUCAAUUCAGGACCACAUGAAGUCUAAAGGUGGCUACACAAAUGGCACUUCUGCAACUGUCGAGAUAUAGGAAACCGAGAAGGCUGAAAUCUGCUCUGUCUUAGGAGGACCCCCUGGACUGAGCUUCCACAUUCUCAAAAACCUCUUUAUCGUGGAGUAGGGAGAGUACUUGAAUUAUA